GUCCAUGGAAUCAAGAAGAGAGAGAGAGAGAGAGAGAGAGAGAGUUCUCACAGUCAUGGAAUUUUAAAAGCUUUUUCCCAAUAACUGCUCACAUGAUUGGUAUGGUGUGCAGCUGAGGAAGCCCACAAUCAGCUGUAUGUGUGCACAUUUUUGCUCAAAAGAAAGAAGAAAAAGGGGGAAGAAAGUUUGUUUCGAGGGAAGACUUUUGGGACAAGAACAACACACAAGUCCUUUCCAAUUCCGAUCCCAAAAUCAAAAUCUCACUCUCUCUCUUCUAUCUUCCGUUAGAAAUCCCACAAGACGACACCCAUAUCUCUAUUUCUCAAUAACUUCAUAUGCUCGUAAUCCCCAAAAUGAAAAAAAGGAAAGAAAGUGAGAUAAUGAAGCUUCUUCAUCUCCUUCCUGUCGCCCUUCUUCGCUCUGUUUUGGUGGGUGCCUCUUUUUCGGGACAACAACAACCCCUUCUUCUUCUUCGUCCCCUUUUGCCUCCUUCGCUCUCUCCCAUUUCUCCAUUUUCGGCUUCAAUGGCUGCUUCUUCCCCAGGAGUUUCUAGGGUAAUGGAGGACUUGAGAAAUGAAGCUCACAGGAAAAUUGUAAUUGCCCUCAUUGCGUGUUCUUCGUUUGGUGUAGUUGCAGUGGCUUUACUCUGUUUCUGGAUUUAUCAAAGAAGAAACUCACGAAACGUUCGGAGUUCAGAAGAUGCCGAGAAGGGUCUCGUUGGGUUAGCUCCAAUUUUGCGAAAGUUCAGCUCCAACAAAAUGGUGGGUUACAAUAAAGCGUCUGUCCCAACAAUUGACUACGAACAUCUGGAAAAGGCCACCAACAUUUUCGAGGAAAGUAAAAUUCUGGGCGAGGGUGGAUUUGGACGGGUUUACAAGGCUAAAUUGGAUGAUAACCUAUUCGUUGCUGUAAAGAAACUGGAAUGCACCGAUAAGGAUUCCGAGAGAGAAUUCGAGAAUGAAGUUGAUCUGUUGAGCAAAAUCCAACACUUAAACAUCAUCCGGCUACUGGGUUACAGCAUUCACGGCGAAUCAAGGCUUCUUGUUUACGAAUUGAUGGAAAAUGGAUCGCUGGAGACACUGUUACAUGGGCCUUCACAUGGCGCAGCAUUAACAUGGCACAUGCGCAUGAAGAUUGCUCUGGAUACAGCAAGAGGAUUAGAAUAUCUACACGAGCACUGCAAGCCAGCAGUCAUACAUAGAGAUCUGAAAUCCUCCAAUAUUCUUUUGGAUGCAAACUUCAAUUCCAAGCUUUCUGAUUUUGGCCUGUCUGUGAUUGUUGGAGCACAAAACAAGAACGAGAUAAAGAUUUCUGGGACGAUGGGUUAUGUAGCUCCCGAAUAUCUUUUGGAUGGUAAAUUGACUGAUAAGAGUGACGUCUAUGCUUUCGGAGUUGUGCUUUUGGAGCUUCUUUUAGGAAGAAGGCCCGUCGAAAAACUGGCACCAUCUCAAUGUCAAUCUAUUGUCACAUGGGCAAUGCCUCAGCUCACCGAUAGAUCGAAGUUGCCCAAUAUUGUCGAUCCAGUGAUUAAAAACACAAUGGAUACGAAGCACUUAUUUCAGGUUGCUGCCGUUGCUGUGCUGUGUGUGCAGCCCGAACCAAGCUAUCGCCCGCUAAUAACCGAUGUUUUGCACUCUCUUAUUCCUCUUGUUCCCGUCGAGCUUGGAGGGACGCUCAGAUCACCGACACAACAACCUCCUGUGGCUCCAGCUUAAGUAUCGUUUGAUAGGAAGAAGUGAAAUAAAGAGAAGCGAUUAUGAUAUACAGCAGUGAUUUCAGGGCUCUUCAAUGCUCAAACGGAGGAUUUUUUCAAUCAUAUUUGUUAUAAUUUCUGCAAAUAUGAUUGCUGCAGACUGCAGUGGAUGAUGUGAAAAGCAAUUGCUUUGGGUGCUCGGUUGAAAUCCGUGAGAGGACUGAUGGAAACUUGGAAUGUUAUAUACUACAUUUAUUUAUCCUCCACAGAUACAAUAAAAAGUGUACAAUUUUGAGGCAAGGCUCACCUUGAAACCCUACUUUCUCCUAAAA